AUUUGUUUGAAAUUCUCUUUCAAAGUCUCUCCUUUUAUAUGCUUCAAUUUUUUUUUUUUUUUGUAACAUAACAAGAGAGUACUCCUUAUUCUCUUCUCCAAAACCCAUCGAUAUAGUUUUUCUUUAAUUUCUUGCUAUUUCUUCAAAUUUUGUGUGAAGAAAUGGUAAGGAAAAUGGUGAGGAAAGGAAGAAGGGUAUUUUCCAUAGAACCAAGCAAAGUUGCAUACACCAUGUUUGAAAGAAACUAUGUGAAACAUUUGAUGACAUCUUUAGUCAAAAUUUCUCAUCAACAACAACAACAAAAUUUUCGGAAACUUGUGAAGUUUGAAGUUGACAUGGCAAUGGCUCAAUCAGCAAGUGAAUUUAGUUGGGGAAUUGCUCUAAAAAAGAAGCUUCUUCAAAGAGAUCAACAAGUCCUUGGCAAUGGCAAUGAAAAUGGUUUUGACUUUUCUGUUCAAACAGUGAAGAAAACUUCUCAAGAAAAUUUAGGAAAUGAAGAAGAAGAUCAUCAUCAUGAAGAAGAAGAAGAAGAAGAGGAAGAAAUGGAAAAUGGGUUGAUGAAGCUGAGGAAAAUUAUUCCAGGUGGUGAUAAUUUUAGUAUUGGAGGUAAUUUGGAUGAAGAAGAUGAUUUGUUGAAACAAACUGAAAGUUAUGUAAAAUGUCUUGAGUUGCAAGUCAAUGUUCUUAGAGGUUUGGUUGAAACAAACACUUUUUUUUAAUUUUUAAAUUUGUGGAAAAUUGAAACAUUUUUUUAGCCAUAUAAUUUAUAUA